UAUUACCGCAGUUAUUUAUCCUCUGAUUGAUGCAUCCAUUUGGAAGUCGGCUGAUUCAUUACCAGAAGAGAACCUUUUCAUCCACUGGCUCCACCUCAUUUUUCCCUUUUCCCGCUACAGAGAGAGUGUGGCGGGUGCAACAAGCUUUCUUUUCUUUUCGGCAGGCUGCAAGUCAACACACUUAAAAAGGCAGGAGGGUUAUUGUUUUCCUCGGCACAAAAAGAGAAAAGCAGCAAGUAUUGUAUGAUAACAAUUGGAGUAUGAGCAGCACGGGAUUCAUUUUUUUAAACGUGAUUGCUUGUGGGAGUGAAACCGUCGCUUACAUCUGAAUUUCUCCAUCGAUGGACUCGUGAUGUGAGGUUGAGCUGAUUUCAUUGUGUAGAUCAGCUUUACUCUUACAAAGGUGUCUGGGAAUAGAUUUCCAACCCGGAGCGGCGUGAUCAACAAAGGGUCCUGUCCUCGCUGCUCGGAGUUUUUGCUGGAGGUGUCUCAUUCUGCAUUGGAGCAGGUUGGGUAUCUGUUAAUAGAACCAGUUUGGGUGGAUCAGCACCAGACAUUAUGUUAAAGGCAUCCACGUGUGAGUCACUCUCUUUGGGACAAAAUGACAGCAAGGAGAUGAAGCUCCAGAAUGAAUCCAAACAAUCAUGGAAAGACAUCACAGUGGGUUUCAUAAUGAGGACCAAAGUCCACGGUUUGAAGUUCAUCUUCUCCCCGGACAAAACCAAACUGCAGCGUGUGACAUGGAUCAUGGCCUUCUUUCUUUGCAUCGCUCUCCUCCUCACCUGGUCCAGGAACAGAGUCCUCUACCUGAUGUCCUACCCCGCCGUCACCAAGAUAAACAUGGUGUGGGCUCACAACAUGUCCUUCCCGGCCGUCACCUUCUGCAAUAAGAACGUCUUCCGCACCUCUGGUCUGACCAAGGAGGACCUGUAUCACAGUGGCUACUGGAUGGACCUCAUGUACGCCAACCACACGGUGCUGGAGAGGAGCCUGGCUAUCCUAAAGGAGAGCCACAAGCAGGGUCUGCUCAGCCUGCUGGACUUCAACAACUACACCCAGCCUUCCGGUUACCAUGUCAACACCACAGAGAUGAUUGGUCGCCUCGGACACCAGCUGGACGACAUGCUGCUAGAGUGCAGGUUUCGCGGUGAGACGUGCACCACCAGGAACUUCAGCACUAUUUACACACGCUAUGGAAAAUGCUACACUUUCAACUCGGGAUUAGACGGCAACCCUCUCUUGACCACACUGAAAGGAGGCACGGGCAACGGCCUGGAGAUCAUGCUGGACAUACAGCAGGAUGAAUACCUACCUGUGUGGGGGGAGACAGACGAGACCUCCUAUGAAGCAGGAAUCAAGGUUCAGAUCCACAGCCAGGACGAGCCGCCCUUCAUUGACCAGCUGGGAUUUGGCGUGGCCCCUGGUUUUCAAACUUUUGUGUCAUGUCAGCAGCAAAUGCUUCAGUACCUCCCUCCGCCUUGGGGAGACUGCAAGUCUACUCCCAUCGACUCUGAGUACUUCUCCACAUACAGCAUUACGGCUUGCCGCAUUGACUGUGAAACCCGCUACCUGCUGGAGAACUGCAACUGCAGAAUGGUUCACAUGCCUGGGACCUCAACUGUGUGCACACCUGAGCAGUACAAAGACUGUGCUGACCCAGCCUUGGACUUUUUGGUAGAGAAAGACAACGAUUACUGUGUGUGUCAGACCCCCUGCAACAUGACUCGGUAUGGCAAGGAGCUGUCCAUGGUUAAGAUCCCCAGUAAGGCAUCUGCUAAAUAUCUGGCUAAGAAAUUCAACAAAACUGAGCAAUAUAUUGGAGAAAACAUAUUGGUUUUGGACAUCUUCUUCGAAGCUCUGAAUUAUGAGAAGAUCGAGCAGAAGAAAGCCUAUGAAAUAGCUGGGCUUCUCGGUGACAUUGGAGGUCAGAUGGGGCUGUUUAUAGGAGCCAGUGUGUUAACAAUACUGGAGAUAUUCGACUACCUAUAUGAGGUGUUCAAGGACAAAGUUUUGGGCUACUGCAUUCGCAAAAAGCGACCACAGCGCUGCCAGAGUGACAACCUGGAGUUUCCAGAGACCCCAAGCAGCCCUGGUGUCACGCCUAAUCAUGCCCCCAGGAACCGCAGCUCCCGCCAGCACUCAUGCAGUCCCAGACCAUGACCUGCCACUACCAUGCUUGUCUGUGGGCAAGACACAAAUGACUCAUCGUCAGUGGAUAGUAGUUCUUUACUGCGAUAAAGCUGUACACUGACUACACUAACGUAUAGCAAAUGGACUUUAAAUGGUUGCUGUGUCCCUUUUGUGAUACUGUACAUAGUGUCAUAUCAGGACUAAGUAUGUACUGUUCUUUCUUUUCUCUCCACCUUUCAUUCAUUUGUCCUCCCCCAAUAUCAUAUAUUUCUAUAUUCUUUAAUGUCCCUGAUGAUUUAUUCUCUUUCUAUUGGUGUCAAAUUAUGAUUUACACAUUGUACGUUAUUUAUUUCCUCUUAAAUCGCCUACAUUUUGUUUUUUUUUUAACCUGUGCUUCACACACCCGUCAUCCUCCCUCCCGUCUCGCUAUCCGGUUGACCCAUCCCGCCCACCCCAACCUCCUUGCCCUAUCCUUGUGUUUUCUGCAGAGCACCUGUGACACCCUCCGGAGUCACUCGGACAGUCUCGGAUUCACGCCGAACAUGUUACCUCGUCACCCGACUCUAGGGAACUUUGAGGAGUUUGCUUGUUGACAGAGUUACUUGACGGUCCAUCCAAACUGUGAAAUCCCUUCCAUAUUUAUCAGAAAAGAAAAAAAAACAAGUGUAUAGUAGAGUUUAUCAAUGCCUGAAUAGCACUAGAAUACUAUCAUUAGUGGAGGAGAAACACACUCCCACACAGAACUCAGGUUUAACUGAUCAUUAUACACUUCAACACAUUUCCUUUCAACGGUCACUUGUCAGGCCUUGGCUUGAAGUGGUACUGCUACUCGUGCUAGUCUUGACAAAAACAACUCCAUGUUUUGUGUAGCAUCUUCUUCUGAGUGUUUAUCAACGGUUGCCUUUUAGCUUCAACGAUGCUUGAGAAAACUGUGAUUAGGACCGCCGGAGCUAUGACAAUGCCUACAUAGCUAAAAAAGAAAGAAAGAAAGAAAGAAAAAGUGUUGUGAGAUUGAGAAAGUGAAGGUCGAAAACAGCGCUUUUGCUUUCAUUUCAAUGGAGGAGCAUUUUCUUUGCCUUUCUUCAUGUAAAUUUCAACAAUGUGUCUUAAGUUCAUCGGUGCCGAGGAGUGUUAGGGCCACACUGGGGGGGGAAAAAAAAAAAAAAAAAAAAAGGAAGAGUAAUAUUUUCAGAACAAAGUUGUAAAUUCACAGGAAUAAUUUUGGAAUUUUACGAGAAUAAAGUGGUAUUUUUUUUCGGGAGUAAAAAAAUCUUGUAAAAUUCUGACAGUGUUGUACAGUCAUGAUAAUAAAUAAUCAUUUUACAAGAAUAGUGUUUUUUUUAUGAAAUCAAAAUAUUACAGAUGGCAAAACUCCUUUUUCAUACCACAAUAUGUUAACAUAGUAAUAUAAUAGUGACACGAUUACUUGGUUUUUUUGUAAUAUGAUUUUAUUCUUGUAAAAUUCAGAUCGUUUCUUUUAAUAUUGUGGCUUCAUUUUAUUAAAAUUAUAUUUUUCUCGUAAAAGUGUGAUUCCUUUUUCUAGUGAUGACUUUUAUUUUUGUAACUGUAAAACAGUUCACACGGUUGUUUCCGUAAAACUACCGUUUUUUUCGUGUAUUACAUCAUUUUAUUACACUGUUAUUCUCAUAAGACUUUUUUUUGUAAAAUUGUGGGGGGUUUUUAAUGUUACAACUUUUUCAUAAAAAAAUUCUUGUAAUAUUGCAGCUUUUCUCAUUCAUUUGAAACUUUUUCCUUAGAAGUUUACAAGCGAGAUGUUUUUCUUGAAAUAUUACAACUUUGUUUUCAUACAAUUUUUUUCUUGUAUCUCACCUCAUUUGUCUCAUCACAUUAUGUCAUUCUCAUAAGAUUGAGACUUUUCUAUGGUAAAAUUGCAAUUUGAUUUUGGGGAAAAAAAUAAAUAUAUAUAUUCUUGUCAUUUUGAAACUUUGUUCUCUUACGAUUUUUGUCCUGUGUAAUAUUAUGACAUAAAAUCGUAAAAUGUACGUUUUUCUUACAAAACUGCUACUUUUCUUAAAAGUAACAUUUCUUUUCUUCUAAUAUCCCAACUUUAUUUCCGUAAAAGUGUGUUCCUUUUCUUGUAAUAUUCCAACUUUAUUCUGUGCAAAGUACAACUUUUUUCUCAUAUAAUUACAACUUAAUUAUUGUAAUAUUUUGCCUAAUUUUAUGACUUUUUUGAUCUGACUUUUCCCCUUGUAAUAAUAGCCACUUUUUUCCUGUAAGUUAGGACAUUUGGGGAAAAAUACAGCUCUAAAGCCUCAAAAAUUCCAAAAUGAUGUCACGGCAAACCUCAACAUACUUAUUACUAUAAUAUCCCAACUUUACUCUGGUACGGGUGUGUAUUUUCCUUUGAGUGUGAUUCUAAGACUCCUUGGCAUACAGUACAGUACAGUACUGCUCCAUCAGCACAAUGAGAUGUGAUAGUAAUCUAUUGUCUAUAAAUGGCUUGUUGGGGAUAUUUCUAAACUGAACUUUGUAUAUACAGUAAGCACCAUCAAAAAGCCAUGACCAAAUUCUACACUGCUCAUUUGUUCAAGCUAUGUCUAGCUCUAUAGAUCUAGAGAGCGUGUUUCUAUGUAUGUCCUUUGACUAGAAGGAAUGUGGACUUUGACUGUAGACCGUAAGUGUCUUGACUGAUAAUCGCUCUAUUAGGUACAAUAAGACACACUGCAUUCACAACGUAUUUGUCAUUUACAACAAAGGCAUUGUACAUUUCCACCAUUGUAUCCUCUUGUUAUUCUUCUUCUACUAAAUAUUCCAGAACGUGUAACAAAUAGUCACAAAUAACACUUUGUGAUGUAACAAUGAUCAAGUAUAAUAAAGUCGAUAUUUACCCAUCUUAUUCAACAAUGUACAAAUGUUCUUAUCUUCUUCUUGGUGUACUAUUUAAAAUCUUGCAUGUCAUGGGCUUUGAAGUAUAAAAGGUGUAAAAAAAAAUAAAAAUGGAUGGGGCUUUACUAUUCUGUGACAUAAUGCACAAACCCUUGGAGAUGAGCCAUCACUGAACAAGUGUGUAAAAACAAAAUCAAACAAUGUUAUAUUCCCUUAGUUUAAAGCUUUAACCAAUUGUACUGGCCAUAACUGACACGUCAUCGUAGACAUUCUUACCACAAUACAAUUGGCUUGCUUUGCAGACGUGGCGUCUGGAAACAAGGUUCCCAUGGAUUUGAUAUUUCUAAAUUCCAUACUUUUCCAGACCUAGAAAACAGAUGUGUAUCAUUUGAGCUACAACAAUUAAUCGAUGAAUUAAUGAUUAAUCGAUUAUCCAAUUAAUCGACAACUGUUUUGGUAUUCGAUUCUUUUUUUUUUUAUUUCAAAAUGUUCGUAUGCGCCGAUAUCAUCAGCCUCUCAAUUGUGAAUGUUUUUGAAUUUUCUUAGUCGUCCAUGAAAGCAGUCCUAUAAUUGCUGUGUUUUAGGCAAAACAAGAUAUUCUCACACAUCAGCUUUGACUUACCCGUUUGUGUUUGGUUCAUAUUGAUUUUGUCCGUCUAAGGCCGAGCUGAUUACUCAGUCGAAAAAAACAAGCUUCAGAUUAAUUGCCUAAGAAUAUUAUUGUUAAUUGCAGCCCCAGUAUCAUGUAAAUAAAUUAUGGAAUUAAUCAUUUUUGUUUUCAUUAUUCUGAAUUUGUACGCCAUUAUGUCACCAGGUAAUGUAGCUCACUGAGGGUUGGAAGAGUGCAAGAGCAGAGGGAUGGCCAUUAAACUUGUCAAUCUUGCGUCACCCAUUGUGUGCUCUCACACAUCUUAGCUGCCCUACCAAGCGCCUUAGAAAAACAGAUCGAUCCAUUUCUUACUUACUACUUUACUUACUUUUCUAGACCUGGAAAUGUAUAAAAUCCAAUUCCAUAUUUGCGUAGGAACCCUGUGUAAAGCUGAAGUAAGAAUUUUUCAGUGAUCGUACAGUUUUAUUCAAGUAAAAGUAUUUCUUUUCUUGUAAUGUUACAUAAUUUUCAUUAAAUUGUUUUUCUUGAAAAAUGGUGACUUUCUGUACAAGUAUGAUUUUUUCAUAUAAUUGUUAUAGCAUUGCGACUUUACUUGUAAAAUUAUGGGGCUUUUUGUAAUACAUCCAUCCGUCUUCUUUGCUGCUUAUCCUCAUCAGGGUCGCGGGCAUAUGCCUAUCCCAGCUGACUUCGGGCGACAGGCGGGGUACACCCUGGACUGGUCGCCAGCCAAUGGCAGGGCACAUAUAGACAAACAACCAUUCACGCUCACAUUCAUACCUAUGGACAAUUUAGAGUCGCCAAUUAACCUAACAUGCAUGUUUUUGGAAUGUGGGAGGAAACUGGGAGAACAUGCAAACUCCACACAAAGAUGCCCACAGGAGAUUCAAACCCAGACCUUCCCGAUCUCCUGACUGUGUGGCCAACAUGCUAACCACUAGGCCACUGUUCGGCCAUUUUGUAAUACACUCCUGGUCAAAAUUUUAAGACCGGUUGAACAAUUUUGAAGAAUUGACAUUUGGCACUGUUGCCACUUUAAGGAGGUUUUAGAAAGAGCUUCAAAAUGCAAAAAAAAGAAAUGGGAGUAAGACAAAACAUUUUUUGAGAAAGCAAUUUAUUGCAACGACCACUAAACUGAAAUAGGCUGUUCAUCAGCUGAUCAAAAGUUUUAAGACCAUAGCUAUAAAAAAAAAAAAUAAAAACUCGAAACGCCGCUAAAAUACAAUUUUCAAAAAAGGACUCAGUAAUGAGUAGCUACGCCAGUCUUGUUCAUCACCUGAAAAAUUGGUUUCCAGGAGGCCAGUAGGAAUGUUUAUCCAGGUGGUCAAGAUGGCUGUCAUGACCACACAGACGAGGGCCUUCAGUCAUGAGAGAUGCCCCCUGCAACAUCUACACAUGGCCAGCUGCUGUUUCAUGCCCCUGCACGACCUGAACCUCCAUUGAAUGAAAAAGCACCCCAGAUCAUGAUGGACCCCCCUCCACUGUGCCGUGUGGAAAACAUCUCAGGUGGGAUCUCUUUGUCAUGCCAGUAAUGUUGGAAGCCAUCAGGACCGUCAAAGUUACAUUUUUUCUCAUCAGAGAAUAAAACAUUUUUCCAUGUCCCAUGUUUGGUGCUCACGUGCAAAUUCCAAAUGGGCAAUUUUGUGGCGUGGAGGGAGACAAAGCCUUUGAAGACGUAUUUUGCUCUUUUUUCGUUUGCAUUCAAAAAGAGACAAAGCUUUUUUUGCAUUUGCUAUCAAGAGAUCAUGACGGUGUGAAUGACAUCGAGUACACAUUUUUGCCAAGAUUUUCAAUUUUAAAAGCUGGGGUCUUUCUUUUUGCAUUCUUUUUGAUCAGCUAAUGAACAGCCUAGUUCAGUAAAAUUGCUUUUUUUGUGUGUUUUUUUUUAUCUCACUCCCAUUUCUUCUGUCUACAUUUUGAAGCUCUACUUAGAACCUCCUUUAGCUCCAACAGUGUGAAAUGUAAAUUCUUGCAAAUUUUCAAGUGGUCUUAAAAUUUUGAUCAUAUGAGUGUUUUUGUAAAAUUACAACUAGUGAACUAUCUCAAAUUCUUUAUUUUCUUGUACAAUGACCAAUAAGUGUCGCAGUAGACGUUAUUACCACAACAACAUACUUCAGGAAUGGCUGGGAUCUGUAAAGUUGAGGUUUUUGAUAAAGUUAAAGGAGAAAGUAUGCAUUUUUUCCAUAGUCAUUGUACAACUUUAUUCUUGUAAAAGUUUUUUUUUCAUGUGUUUUCCUUGUAAAAUUAUGACUGUACAUGUUAUUGUUUUUGGAAUAUUAGUAAAACUGUGACUUUUUCCUUGUAAAAGUACUUAAUUUUCUACUAAUUUUUUCUAGACGUUAUUACCGCAACAUAAUUCCCUUGCUAAGCGAUGGUGUCAUCCGUAAAGCUGAAAUUUACAAUAAAGUUUUUAAAAUUGUGACAUUUACUAAAUGUUUCCCCAAAUAAGGAAGCUUUGUGUAAUUCAGGCCAAACAAAAUGAGAAAAAAACACUUUACUUGUGCACUUUACUCAUCUUAUUGGCUGAAAUGUACAGAAACAAAAACAUUAGUGAGAACAAUAACUUUCCCAGCUUCUACCAACAGAAGCAAAUGUGCUAACAAAAAACAGUGGAAAAAAAACCUGAAAUUAAAAACAGAAGCUGUAUCAAAGAACUCUACAGCAGUUUUUUUUUGUUUGAAACUUCACAGAAAUACUGAGUAAACAUGAUUUUUCAUAACUUAAUCCACACACACCAACAUACCUACACAGCCUGCUAACAGUAGUAUGAAAGACGCCUCACAUUCCAGCAAUUAUUAAUUAUAAUAAAUACAUGCAACCAUUUCUGCUAAAAAAACAAACCAAAAAAUGGAAGAUAGCUGUGUCAAUUACAUUUUGUAGGCCUUCGUGGGAGAAGUAGUGCUAGAACAAUCUAUUUGAAAACCAAAUGCAAAAAGAAAAGGC